AUGUGCCUUCGCGCCGGUUCCGUGCAAAGCCGCGGCGAAGGAGCCGGCGCGGCGCACGUGUUGCGGCUCCGCGGCUGCGGGGGCGCCCGGGACGCGCCGCCCGCGGGGAGCCCCGGGGAGCCGCGGCUCCUCCUGCCCUUCGCGCCGGAGCCGGCGCCGGUGCCGGUCCCGGCGCCGCCGCGGGACGCGUCGGGGAGCAGCGAGCGGCGGCAGCGCAUCAGGUCGGCCGCCCCGCACCUCGCCCCGUGGCGACCCGGCUCCGACACCCGCCGCGCCGCCGUGGUGGGCCGGGGGGCGGCUCUGCGCCUCGAGAGCUCCGCCGCCUUCCACUCCCUCGUCAUCCGCGACGGAGGGAGGCUGGUGUUCGCCGACCGCCCCCACGGGCCGCCCAUCACCCUGCGGGCCCGCUACAUCCUCAUCCACGACGGCGGGGAGCUGCACAUCGGCUCGGAGCGCUGCCCCUACGGCUCGCGGGCCACCAUCUCGCUGUACGGACGAGCCGCCGAGGGGGCGGCCGUGGAGGGCUUCGGCCAGAAGUUCGUGGGCGUGGGUCGCGGCGGCGUCCUGGAGCUGCACGGCCGGCGGGCCCGCUCCUGGACCCUCCUGGACAAAACCCUGCACCCCGGCGGGCUCCGCCACGGCCCCUACUCCUCCGAGAAGCGGUGGGGCAGCCGCGGGCUCAACCUCCGCAUCCUGGACGCCGGCACGGCGCGGGUGCUGGCGGCGGGGCGCUUCGACACCCACCUGCAGCCCGGCGAGUGCCGGCGGCUGCGCGCCUUCCUGGCCCUCCAGGCCCCCGGCAGCCUGGUGGCGGCCGCCGUGGGGGACUCGGCCGCCCGCAGCCUCACGCUGGAGACGCGGCUGCUGCUGCGGGACCGCCUCGGCAGCAGGUACAUCGCCCGCCUGGGCUACAGGCAGCCCUGGGCGCUGGUGGGGAUCCUCGGAGGGGAUCAGCUUUCCACAGCAGAAGACAAGCGGGAGUACCACGGGAAUGGAACAACGGGGUUAGCCGUAGCCCAGAGAGAUUUCCUCACCUACGAUGGCACCCGCUUUACUGUUACCGCUUUCAGUGGAUGGAUAAAAGGGGUGCCUCAUAAUGGAUUUAAAGUGGAAGUGUCCAAAGGAAUAAUUCUUCAUUUGGUGGAUGAGGUUACAAGUUGGUUACCUGGCGACCGGAUCGUCGUUGCCAGUACAGAUUAUUCUAUGCAUCAGGCUGAAGAGUUUAAUCUCCUUCCUUGCCCUGAAUGUAAAAGUAACCAAGUGAAAAUUGAUGGCAGCCCACUUUAUCUUCACAUUGGAGAAGUCAUUGAUGGCGUCGAUAUGAGGGCAGAGGUUGGUCUUCUGACUAGAAAUAUACUUAUUCAAGGAGAAAUGGAAGACUCCUGUUAUGGACAAAAUCAAUGUCAGUUUUUCUCCUUUGACACAUUUGGAGGACAUAUUAAAAUCCUAAGAAAUUUUAGCUCUGUUCACAUGUCAGGAGUGGAAUUAAAAAACAUGGGGCAGCAAAUCCUGGGCAGUUACCCUGUGCAUUUUCACUUGGCUGAGGAUGUGGAUGAGAAAGGAGGAUACGAACGCCCAACGUACCUUGAUAACCUGGCUAUCCACCACUGCUUCUCUAGGUGUGUUGCCAUACAUGGAACUCAUGGCCUUCUGGUAAAAGACACCAUUGGCUAUGACACCCUGGGGCACUGUUUCUUCCUCGAAGACGGGACAGAGCAACGCAAUACAUUUUAUCACAACCUGGGCCUCCUCACGAGGUCGGGGACGAUCUUGCCUUCGGAUCGCAAUGAGGCUAUGUGCCUUGCCAUCCGCAGCCAUGUCUAUGGGAAUUACAUUCCUGUGCCAAGCACCGACUGCAUGGCUGUCAGCACAUUCUGGAUUGCAAAUCCGAACAACAACUUAAUAGAGAAUGCAGCAGCUGGUGCUCAGGAUGUUGGGAUAUGGUACAUCUUCCACCGGGUUCCAACUGGACAGUCCGAGGGGCAAUAUCCAGAGGGACAGGCUGAACAUACCCCCUUGGGAGUAUUUUACAACAACAGAGUCCACUCCAAUUUCAAGGCUGGUUUGUUUAUUGGAAAAGGAGUAAAAACAACGAAAGCCAGUGCUGAAGAUCCCAGAGAGUAUCUCACUGUUGAUAAUGCCAGGUUUCGCCCACAUCAAGAUGCUGAUCCUGAAAAGCCGCGAGUUCCUGCCGUGAUUGAUGGUCUUAUUGCUUUUAAAAAUAAUGACCAUGGGGCCUGGGCCAGGGGCGGCGACAUUAUUUUCCGCAAUUCGGGGUUUUCAGACAAUGGAAUUGGACUCACUCUGGCAAGUGAUGGGACUUUCCCGACAGAUGAAGGCUCCAGCCUGGAGGUUACACGCUCCAUUUUUGUUGGAGAAAGCAGCAACUUUGGCUCCCAGGGAGGCCAAAACAGCUACUGGGGAAAAGGGGCAAAUGGAGAAUACAGAACACUGCCCAGAAACAAGACAUUCCCUAUUCGUGGAUUCCAGAUUUAUGACGGGCCUGUCAGGAUGGCAAAAUGCACUUUCAAGAAGUUCACCCCGACUGUUGACAGAUACUCCAGUGCCAUUGGGUUCUUCAUGAAAAACUCCUGGCAGAUAAGCCCCCAGAAUAAUGUGUCGCAGAUCCUGAUGGAGAAAAGUGUUGGACUGAAAGUCUUUUUUGGCAGAUCAGGCCAGUGGUUUGGAAACAACGAUAAUGACGGUGACAAAAUGUCUGUCUUCCACGAUCUGGAUGGCUCAGUGACAGGGUAUCCGGACACUUUCAUAGGCAGAGCGGACAACUACUUGCUGCGUCAUCCCGGGUGUCUCACUGUCCCGCGCUGGAACGGGGUGAUGUGUACUGGGAAGUUUGCACAGCUUUAUAUUCAGGCCAGACGCCCUGAGAAUCUGACCUUAUCCAUUGCCAGAGCAGCAUACCAUUCCCAUCCCUUGCGGUUGCAAGGCGUGAACAGAGGAGCACCAUACCAGCAGUACCAGCCUGUCAUCAUGCUCGAGCAGGCUUAUAUCAUCCGGUGGGACGGCAGAGCACCUGAGGAUAUUAUCCUGUACCCGAUCAACUUCAACAGAGGAGACUGGCUGCGUGUUGCCCUCUGCUAUCCCAGGGAAGCUGUUUUCCAGGUGGUGGCGGAUAUCUACCAGCGACGGACAGGGACGGUACACAGCGUAAAGCACUACGUCACCGCUUCUUCCCGGGCCAGCGCUCUCAACGGGACCGGCGAGCAGCUCUUCUACUUUGACAGAGCAUCAGGGUACCUAUUUGUUCACCUGCAAGCCCACGAAGCUCGGAAAGGACACAGUUACUGCUCUCAGCAAGGCUGCGAACGUAUUAAAAUCAUGGCGCAUAUGUACCCGGGGGACUCCUGGAGCUGUGACCCAAACCCCUUCCCGGAGAGGCCAGCAGCCGCCCAGCGCCCCGUGUCCCAGCACCCGGCUGGGCCGUGCAGGGCGUGUGGGGCCCCGCAGCUUGCGAUCACGAGCACACCCUCAGUCAAGUACAUAAGGAUCCAGAUCCAGUCUCUCAGCAGGGCAAACAUACAAAACCGCUUGACAUCCGCCUUCAUUAAGAUAAAUGAUGCGGUUUUCCUGUUCAAUCGCCGGGGGAUAUUCUUCGUGGUGCUAGAUGCAUGUUCAGGAGCAGUCGUGAGUAGGCGGCACUUUGACACAGUUACUGGUGAAAACGCUGCCAGUGCAAUAACUGAUUAUGUUCAAACAUUUAUAAAAGAGAGAUCACUUGUUCUCGUGUGCUCUAGAGAUAUUGCAGACGUGGUGGGGAGCUCUGAAAUGUCUGUUUUUACCAGGUUAGGUGCAGCAAAGCCUAUUGUCUUCCACAAGGAAGGGAGUUUUGCCAUGCUUGGCUAUAAAGGACAAGCCAAACCCUCCUGGAUUAAAGUCCUUAAUCAUGCUGGUUAUCAGAAAGCUGCUUCCCUGCAACAUUAUGUUCCCUUGAAGCUGAAAGAAUAUCAAUGUCCAGCUAAUGCUGACAAGUCACUAAAAUUCGCUUUUUCUCAGAACCACUCAGAGAACAUCUCUGCAGAGCCCACGGCGCCUCGGGAUUAGCAUUGCUGGGCAACAUCAGCCAG